GAGAGAGAGAGGGAGAUGGGGAGGGGACCAGCUGAGAGACAGGGAGAUAGAGUGGAGAUGUCGACGACGUUGGAGAAGGAGAGGAGCUUGACGGAGCUGGAGGCGGACUACGAGGAGACGGCGCUGACCCUCGGCCUUCCCGGGGGUUCGAGGGCCGGCGGAUGGGACCAGCAGGAGAGGAAGCGCGGCUUCUCGGAGACCGUACAUCUGUCGGAUGGGAGCUCGGGCAUCGAGCCACGUGGAGGAGGGGAUCUCGGCGAUGAGUCGCCGGAUUGCGCGGCUUCCGGCGCCGGCGGACCCCGAGCUUCCAAGGCACGAGUGGUGGGUUGGCCGCCGGUGAGGUCUUACCGGAAGAACGCGUUGAGGGGCUGCACGUAUGUGAAGGUGGCCGUGGACGGUGCACCUUACCUCCGCAAGGUGGACCUGGAGAUCUACUCCGGCUACCAUCAGCUGUUGACUGCCCUCCAGGAGAUGUUCUCCUGCUUCACCAUCCGCGACAGGCGGCUGGUGGAUCCCGUUAAGGGGACGGAUUACAUCCCUACGUAUGAGGACAAGGACGGCGACUGGAUGCUGGUCGGAGACGUCCCCUGGAAAAUGUUUGUGGCAUCAUGCAAGCGGCUUCGAUUGAUGAAUAUAGCCCCAAGAGCACCACGGUGAUGCAAGUUUCCCCAGUUGCACAAACAAAAGAUGAAGUAGGAUAGGCAGCAGGUUCCCUAGUACAAAAUCAUGAAAAGGGAUUGUUCUUCCCCUGAAGUUUUGAAUGGUCCAGAAGAGACUAGAUGUAAAGGAUAUGCUGUAACCAUUAUACCUUUUUCACUUGAGAAAAGGAAAAAAUUAAAUGUAUACAGAAUAGCUUGUUUUUUGAUGAAUAAGAUCAAAAUAAAUAUAAGUCAUGUUAAUGUAUCU